GGGGAGCCUCACUCCGGCUGGCGCCGCCGCCUCGCGCGCUCCUGCUCCGCAGCGGCCGCGCGGGGGGCGCCUGCUCCCGAGGACCAUGUGUGACGGCGCCCUGCUGCCCCCCCUGGCCCUACCCCUGCUGCUGCUGCUGCUCUGGGGACUGGACCCGGGCACAGCUGUCGGCGACGCGGCGGCCGACGUGGAGGUGGUGCUCCCGCGGCGGGUGCGCCUGGAAGACGUGCACCUGCCGCCCCUGCCCGGCGCCCCCGGGCCCCGCAGGCGCCGACGGCCCCGCGCGCCCCCCGCAGCCCCGCGCGCCAGGCUGGGGGAGCGCGCCCUGCUGCUGCACCUGCCGGCCUUCGGGCGCGACCUGUACCUGCAGCUGCGCCGCGACCUGCGCUUCCUGUCCGGCGGCUUCGAGGUGGAGGAGGACGGCGCAGGCGGGCGCCACGGACGGUCAGCAGAGCUGUGCUUCUACUCCGGCAGCGUGCUCGGCCACCCCGGCUCCCUCGUCUCGCUUAGCGCCUGCGGCGCCGCCGGCGGCCUGGUUGGCCUCAUCCAACUUGGGCAGGAGCAGGUGCUCAUCCAGCCCCUCAACAGUUCCCAGGGACAAGAGCAUCUGGUCAGACGCAAAUGGUCCUUGACACCCAGCCCCUCUCCCGAGGCCCAGAUACCUGGGCAGCUCUGCAAGGUCCUCACAGAAAAGAAGAAGCCGAGGAAGGGCCGGCCGUCGCGGGAUGGGCGGCAGCGGAGGAAUGCCAUCCGGCUGACCAGCGAACACACGGUGGAGACCCUGGUGGUGGCCGACGCCGACAUGGUGCAGUACCACGGGGCUGAGGCGGCCCAGAGGUUCAUCCUCACCGUCAUGAACAUGGUAUACAAUAUGUUUCAGCACCAGAGCCUUGGAAUUAAAGUCAACAUUCAGGUUACCAAGCUUGUCCUGCUACGACAACGUCCUGCCAAGUUGUCCAUUGGGCAUCAUGGUGAGCGGUCCCUGGAGAGCUUCUGUCACUGGCAGAAUGAAGAGUACGGAGGUGCACGGUACCUCGGCAACAACCAGGUUCCAGGAGGCAAGGACGACACGCCCCCCGUGGAUGCUGCUGUAUUCGUGACCAGGACAGAUUUCUGCGUACACAAAGAUGAGCCUUGUGACACCGUUGGAAUUGCUUACUUAGGAGGUGUGUGCAGUGCUAAGAGGAAAUGUGUGCUUGCCGAAGACAAUGGCCUCAAUUUGGCCUUUACCAUCGCUCAUGAGCUGGGCCACAACUUGGGGAUGAACCACGACGAUGACCACUCCUCCUGCGCCGGCAGGUCCCACAUCAUGUCGGGAGAGUGGGUGAAAGGCCGGAGCCCCAGCGACCUCUCCUGGUCCUCCUGCAGUCGAGAUGACCUCGAGAACUUCCUCAAGUCGAAAGUCAGCACCUGUUUGCUGGUCACAGACCCCAGGAGCCGGCAUGCAGUGCGCCUGCCCCACAAGCUGCCAGGCAUGCACUACAGUGCCAAUGAGCAGUGCCAGAUCCUCUUUGGCACCAAUGCCACCUUCUGCAGAAACAUGGAGCAGCAUCUGAUGUGCGCUGGACUGUGGUGCCUGGUGGAAGGAGAUACGUCCUGCAAGACCAAACUGGACCCUCCCCUGGAUGGCACAGAGUGUGGGGCAGACAAGUGGUGCCGCGCGGGGGAGUGUGUGAGCAAGACACCCAUCCCAGAGCACGUGGACGGAGACUGGAGCCCCUGGGGCGCCUGGAGCAUGUGCAGCCGCACGUGUGGGACGGGAGCCCGCUUCCGGCAGAGGAAAUGUGACAACCCUCCCCCAGGCCCAGGAGGCACGCACUGCCUGGGCGCCAGUGUGGAGCACACAGUCUGCGAGAACCUGCCCUGCCCCAAGGGCCUGCCCAGCUUCCGUGACCAGCAAUGCCAGACGCACGACCGGCUGAGCAGCAAGAAGAAGGGCCUGCUCACCGCAGUGGUGGUUGACGAUAAGCCAUGUGAACUCUACUGCUCACCCCUCGGGAAGGAGUCCCCUCUGCUGGUGGCCGAUAGAGUCCUGGACGGCACGCCCUGCGGGCCCUACGAGACGGAUCUCUGCGUGCAUGGCAGGUGCCAGAAAAUCGGCUGUGAUGGCAUCAUCGGGUCUGCGGCCAAAGAAGACCGGUGUGGGGUCUGCAGCGGGGACGGCAAGACCUGCCGCGUGGUCAAGGGCGACUUCAGCCACGCUCGGGGCACAGGUUAUAUUGAAGCUGCCAUCAUUCCAGCUGGAGCUCGAAGGAUUCGUGUGGUGGAGGAUAAACCUGCCCACAGUUUUCUGGCUCUCAAAGACUCCAGUAAGAGAUCCAUCAACAGUGACUGGAAGAUAGAGCUCCCUGGAGAGUUCCAGAUUGCAGGCACAACCGUCCGCUAUGUUCGAAGGGGCCUGUGGGAGAAAAUUUCUGCCAAGGGACCAACCAAAAUGCCGCUGCAUCUGAUGGUGUUGUUAUUUCAUGACCAAAAUUACGGAAUUCAUUAUGAAUACACCAUUCCUGUAAACUACACCACUGAAAAUCAAAGUGAACCAGAAAAAGCCCAGGACUCCUUGUUCAUCUGGACCCACAGCGGCUGGGAAGGGUGCAGUGUGCAGUGUGGCGGAGGGGAACGCAGAAGCAUCGUGUCCUGCACACGGAUUGUUAACAAGACCACAACUCUAGUGAACGACAGUGACUGCCCUCAGGCCAGCCGCCCGGAGCCCCAGGUUCGAAGGUGCAACUUGCACCCCUGCCAGUCACGGUGGGUGGCAGGCCCGUGGAGCCCCUGCUCAGCAACCUGCGAGAAGGGCAUCCAGCACCGGGAAGUGACCUGCGUGUACCAGCUGCAGAACGGCACUCACGUUGCCACCCGGCCCCUCUACUGCCCCGUGCCCCGGCCGUCGCCAGUGCAGAGCUGCGAGGGCCAGGACUGCCUGUCCAUCUGGGAGGCGUCAGAGUGGUCACAGUGUUCUGCCAGCUGUGGCAAAGGCACACAGAAACGGACUGUGACGUGCACCAACUCCCAAGGAAAAUGCGAUGCGUCCACUAGGCCGAGAGCCGAGGAGCCCUGUGAGGACUACUCCGGCUGCUACGAGUGGAAAACUGGGAGCUGGUCCAAGCCCAGCUCUCCCUGUCUCCGGCAGUGCUCGUCGACCUGUGGGAAGGGCCUGCAGUCCCGGGUGGUGCAGUGCAUGCACAAGGUCACCGGGCGCCAUGGCAACGAGUGCCCCGCCCUCUCCAAGCCAGCCGCCUACAAACAGUGCCACCAGGAAGUCUGCAAUGACAAGAUCAACGUGAACACCAUCACCUCCCCUCGCCUCGCUGCCCUGACCUACAAAUGCACACGGGACCAAUGGACAGUGUACUGCAGGGUCAUCCGAGAGAAGAACCUCUGCCAGGACAUGCGGUGGUACCAGCGCUGCUGCCAGACGUGCAGGGACUUCUAUGCGAACAAGAUGCGCCAGCCGCCCCCGCCGCCGAGCUCCUGACAGGCAGCCCGGUGGUCCCGCGAUGCUCCGACGCGAGGUCUGAGUCCUGACUGCAUGGCUAGAUGAAAGCCCACCACCUGAGAGCCCACCAGUCCUGGGCAGCCGGGACCCACCGAGGCACACCGUGGCUCACCCAGGAGGCUGUCCCGAGAAUCCGACUGCAUAGAACUUGAGAGUGGACUUGACGUUUGCUUAGUGCUUUUAUACUUAAUAUAUUGUUAACAGCCACUGGAUGGCUUUCUACGAUAAGGAAAAAAAUAGGCAUGAGUCACAAAAUAAUUGUAAUUUCUAAGUUCCACGUACCUCAAAGGGAACACCUCUGACAGACGGUCGUCAAGAGAGACGUCACGGGCGCCCCUGUCUUGACUUUUCCUCUGACGUUUGAAUUCCCAGUGCUCGAUGUACCGUGGGGUGGGGGUGGAGGGGGGGCGGGGGGAGGAUAUCCAAAAAAAUGAGAUGCUUUCCUUUAAAAACAGGCUUUAUUCUCAAAGCCAGUGAUGCUCUGGAUGGGAGGAGGCUUCUCCGGAGAGGGGGCGCUGCCGGAGCUCCCCGGACUCCACCAGGACGCCACGUGACGCUGCGCCCGGUCAGGGAACGUGCUCUCUAGGUCCUGGGUCUCUCCUCGGAGGUCUUGUCCCUGGGAGGCUGAGUGUGUGUGAACCACCAAGGAUGCCAGGGCUACGUAGCUCUGCACAGCAGCCACAUGGGGGAGAAUGUUCCAGUAGUGUCUGGGUUAGAGGACGCAGCUAGUUUUCAGAUCUCUGCAGUCCCCCACACAGGGAGACCGAGCCGCUCCUCAAGGUGCUGUGUGCGGAGGCACGUGCUGGUCUAGCCUUGGGCUUGCUGCCUGCAUAGAGGUGAGCUCAGCGCAGCUUUGUGAGGGUGGGGCGCUCCCUCUUUGCUCCCUGGGACCUCUGCUCUAGCCAGUACUUCACGAAGCUUUGCACCCGUUAGAGAUGGCUUUGCGCUGACCCUGGCCAUCUCUCUGAAGCUGGUCCUUCCUGGAAGCGCUGACUCAGGCUCAGACCUGGUGCUUCACCCUGACACGGAGCGGGUUUCCUCCAGGACCACUCAGCCUGGCGGAGGAGUGCCCCCUGCCCAGGAUGGCUGUGUGCUCAUCCCGGUCCCCUGUGGUCCAGACCGUGCAGUGUUCGUCACUGUCAUGCUGUCGUUACUGACCCACUUUAGUGGGGCAAGGAUGACAGAAAAGCCUGAAGAAGGCGUUUGCCUCCUACAGUCACCUUACCCCUCAAAACAUAGUUGGGCCCUCUCUGAACGCAGGAGUGUGUGAAAGCACAAAGAUGGUAGGUAGGACCCUGCCCGCCGGGGAGCUGGGGGAAGGGGACCUGACAUACUGGGAGGUCUGGUCUGCUGGCCAGCUCGGUGGGUGUUUGAUGGGUACUUCUCUUCAAGGACUUUAUCAUGAAAAACCCGCUCUCUCCUCCCUUAUUUCAGAGGGGAUCUUACUUAGGCUAAUCUCCAUGGGAUCAUCUCCAAGUGCUUCUUGAUUUAUUGGUGCUGUGUUUAUGUAUCUGUGUUUGUUUUUGACGUCACAACUUUGGAGUCAGCUUAAAUCAGAAAGAGACACUCUGCCCUGUCCAGCCUGCCCUGCGGGCUUGUUUUGCUUUCUGAUUGUUACUACCCCAGAGGCAGAGAAGUGGUCGGAUGGCCGGGCAUCUGUUCAGUUCCACUUGAAUCUGUGAGAAGUGUUGAGAAAGCUCCUUAGGUGCUCUGUGGCAAGACCCCGGAGGGUGCCAGGCUGGGCAGCCCACCUGCAGGGUGAGCUCCUGCGGCUGCCCAGGGCCUGUGCAGAACGCUGUCCUCCCUGCUCCGGCUUGGCCGUCAGCAGACUCCCCCAAGGCCCUCAAAGCCUUGGGGAGCUAGGGCUUAGUUUUCCCCCAGCCCCAGAUGGGCUGUGCUUUACCGUGGAUGGACGGAAAGCUCUCAGCCUCCGGGGCUGAGGAGCGGAAUCAGGGCAGCCAGCCAAGAAGUCAGGGCAGCCUUGCAUGCUGUCUGUAUGGGAACCACGGGCCCACCCGAGCCGGGCAGGCCUGUGCAUGGCCCAGAGGUGAGCCCUUUUCCUGGUGCUUCUCAGUCUCCCCACUGGCCACCCUGGCUGUAUCAACUGGACGCCCCUGGCAAGGGCCCCACACCCUCAGAAUGCAAGUGAUCAAUUCAGUUAUCAUUAAACAUCCCUUUGGUUCCCCGAAGUUCGGGUUUUUCUGAGCUCUUGCAGCUCUUGCUGGCACUGUCGCUCUGAAAUUCACCAGCCCACCUUCUGUUCACGGCACAAACAAUGGUUGAUCUCGGUGAAGCCGUCACGGCAUUCCUGCUCCACUUUGUACAGAAGACAAUGAAACCCUGUCGUUGCAACAGCGAUGUUUCUUUAUUAACAAUACCCUGUACUGUCACUCAAGUACUGUACCUUUUUGGUUGCACAAAUGUGUCACUAACUACAGACUCUCACAAUCUUAUGGUGCUAUUUCAUUGGUGCAAAUGAAACCCUCUCGGUUGACCAUGGCUUGAUAUUAUCAGAACACAGGGAAAGAUCCUCAAUGGCAAUAAUAUCAUUGCUUUGUUCUCUUUCUUCAUUUCAGAGUCAAAUGUAUAUAUUUUCCAUUAGUUAACUUACGUACUGUACCCAUGGUAUUUUUGUUUUACUUUUUGGUGCUGGUUUGAAAGGAAAAAAAAAGAGCAGAAGACAAACAUUGGACACCACUGUAAAUGAAAAAUUAAUCAUUUCAUUGGAAGUGAGUUGAAUAUGUUUAAUAAAAUGUUCUUCCAUAACAA